AACCACAGCAAUGGAUGAUUACACAAAAAUAGAGAAGAUUGGGGAAGGUACCUAUGGUGUCGUGUAUAAAGGUCGGCACAAAACCACAGGCCAAGUGGUUGCAAUGAAGAAAAUACGUCUAGAAAGUGAGGAGGAAGGUGUUCCAAGUACUGCUAUCCGAGAAAUUUCUUUAUUAAAAGAGCUGCAUCAUCCCAAUAUAGUCUGUCUCCAGGAUGUUCUUAUGCAGGAUUCAAGACUGUACCUCGUCUUUGAAUUCCUUUCCAUGGAUCUCAAGAAAUACUUGGACAGUAUUCCAUCCGGCCAAUAUUUGGAUCGUUCACGUGUUAAGAGUUACUUGUAUCAAAUCUUGCAAGGUAUUGUCUUCUGCCAUUCAAGAAGAGUUCUGCACAGAGACUUAAAACCUCAGAAUCUCUUAAUAGAUGAUAAGGGUGUGAUCAAACUGGCGGACUUUGGAUUGGCUCGAGCCUUUGGAGUUCCAGUGCGGGUAUACACUCAUGAAGUAGUGACACUGUGGUAUAGGUCUCCAGAGGUGUUGCUAGGAUCUGCUCGUUACUCUACUCCUGUAGAUAUAUGGAGCAUAGGGACCAUAUUUGCUGAGCUGGCAACUAAAAAACCGCUUUUCCAUGGGGACUCAGAGAUUGACCAGCUCUUCAGAAUCUUCAGAGCUUUAGGUACCCCCAACAAUGAGGUAUGGCCUGAAGUGGAAUCCCUGCAAGACUACAAAAACACAUUCCCGAAAUGGAAACCUGGCAGCCUGGGAACGCAUGUCAAAAACUUGGAUGAUGAUGGACUGGACCUGCUGUCUAAAAUGUUAAUUUAUGAUCCUGCAAAAAGAAUUUCUGGCAAAAUGGCCUUGAACCAUCCAUAUUUUGAUGACUUGGACAAAUCCACUCUUCCUGCUAAUCUGAUUAAGAAAUAAUAGACCUUUGGACUAAAUCAACCACCAGUGUGAAACAAUUGAGAUUACUUUU